AUUUUAUACUUUGUAUUUUAUAUUUUGUGUUUUAUAUUUUGUGUUUUUUAUUCAAAAUAUUUCCCAGUAAAAAUUAUUGUAUUUCAAAAAUGCAAAAUUUAGAAGAAAUUAUACCGUUAAAAGUGAAUCCACGGAUUAAUGAUUCAUCUAAUAUUGAAACAGAAUUAAUUCAUGACAUUCCAGAGGAGAAGGAAGAUGCACGAAUUGAUGAAGCAAUCGUUGAAUUGGCUAUCAAUGAAACUGGUUUUGGAAAAUUCAGCAUAAAAGUAACAAUAAUAUGCUUUCUAAUUUAUUUGAAUAUUAGUCUUUGCACUACAUAUACAGGAUUUAUACUUCCGUCAGCAGCGUGUGAUCUCAAAAUGAGUACAGUUGAAAAAGGAUUAUUGAGCACGUCAUUUUUCAUAGGUUCUUGUUUUAGUUCGGUGAUUUCUGGAUUUUUAGCAAAUUUAAAAGGUCGUAAAUGGAUUUUAACGAUAUCAUUAUUCAUGCAAGGAAUUUCUGAUUUAUUGCAAGCGAUUGUGCCUAAUUAUUCGACAAUAAUGGGAUUGAAAUUUAUUUCCGGCUUUGCAGCAUCAGGACAAUUGAUGACAAUUUUCACCUACUUGAGUGAAUGUCUUCCCAUUAAGCAAAGAAAAUUUCUUCUAUCGUUUAUGGAAUUUUUUUGGAUUUGCGGUCACGGUGUUGCGUCCAUUCUGGGAUUUUUCAUUAUUCCCUUAGAAUUUGAAAUGAACUGGCAAUAUUUUUACUUCCGCUCUUGGAAUCUUUAUAUUCUCAUUUGUUCAUUGCUUGGAAUUUUUCUUGGCUUUUGGAUAAUUACCUUUCCGGAAACUCCAAAAUAUUUGGCGGAAAUGGGUCGUCGAGAUGAAUUUCUCAAGGUUCUCGUCAAAAUGUAUGGGGAAAAUUUGGGAAAAUCGAAAAAGGAGUACGUGGAAACAUUAAUGAAGAGUGGAAAUUCAUUUCUCAUGAAAGUUGCAAGUCAUGAACAGAACAAAUUUGUAGCUUUAAAUAAAAAUUCAGUGACUGGAAAUUUUUUACUGGAAUUGAAACAAAUUGGAAGUGUUUUAAAAGCACCAUAUUUUAAAAAUACUUUUUUGGCCUGUAUCACUGGUUUUUGUGUUCCGGCCGGUUAUUAUGCAUUAUAUCUCUGGUUACCUGAGAUUUUUCAACGAUUCGCAGAUUUUGAGGCGAAGAAUAAAAAUGAAAAACCCAAUUUUUGUAAAGUUUCUCGCGAAAUUCAUUCUUCUUUGACUGAUGGGAUUCAUGAAAUUCCUCCUGUUUGUGAUAGAACAAUAGAUACUGAAGUAUUUAUUAAUAAUUUAUUGUUAUGUGCCUCUUGUAUUCCUGCCAUUUUUCCCGUAUUAUGUUUAGUUCAUCGUUUCGGAUUCAAAUUUUUAUUGGGUGGCAUGUGUCUUAUUUGUUCGGCUGUUGUUGUCGGCAUUUAUUUCGUUAAUUCCUCUCUACAAAAUUUAAUUCUUCUCUGCAUCUACUUGCCACUGAUAUCAGUCUGCAUUACUUUAACAUUCGCCCUGUUUGUUACAAUUUUUCCCACAAAUCUCAGAUCAUCGGGAGUAACAUUGACUACUUUUUCCUCUCGUAUUGGAUCUGCUUUCGGCAAUAUUAUUUUCAGUUACCUUAUAAACGAAUAUUGCUUGCAAUUUAUCAUCCUCGUUGCUCUUUUACUCGUCGUUUCAGCAGUCACGACAAUGUUGAUCCACGAAAGAUGAGAUUUCUGAUAGUUUUACUUUUCUAAAUAUGAAGAUCAAAAGAUAGAAGAAAUUAUUAAUGUAGUGCAAUAUUAUAAUUAGUAAGAGUAAUUAUAAUAUUACUUAAAAAUUAUAAGUAUUAUUACCAAUACUAAUUUGUUAUUACACAAAUUAAUA